AUGUGGUGCCUGGUGAAUCUCCCCAACGGGACGACGUCCGCGGUACAGUGCGAUCCAAAAAAGAACAGCCAGGAGUGCCUCGAAAAGGUAUGCUCCGAUCUUGGCAUCAUCUGUGAGACGGAAUACUUCGGUUUGAUUCCCGUACGUGACGGUGACAACGUGGCAGAUGUUGACGAGGGUUUCGCAAAACAGUGGAUCAACUUACGCAAUCCACUGCACCUGUACACGAACGAUCGGACACACCCGAUCGUGUUCUCGCUACGCGUCAAGUUCUGGGUUCCACCGCACCUGAUCCUUCAGAACACAGUGCGCAGUUUGUUCUUCAUGCAGGCCCGCCAGGAGCUGUUCGAUGGCCACGUGCGUCCUUCGAGCUGGACCAAUGCCGCCUAUCUAGCGGCUUUACUGCUGCAGGCGGAUGGAUACAAGUACGAUCCGGCUAAGGUUCCAACCGCGCUUUCUCCUCCGUACCCAUCGGUGAACUCGUCCCCGGAACGGCGACCAUCGUCUCAGGCCCUUCGGCGUCCUUCCAAGCGCAAAUGUUCCGAAAUCGAUGGUAAACGGGGAAGCGUUAGCUCACAGAGCGGUGGAAGUGUCGGAUCGCCUGCGAGCAGCCAUGUGGAGGAUGGUACGGUUAGAGGAACUUCGUGUUUGGGAGUCACUUGCAUUCCCGAGGACGAAACGGUCGACAGCAGGACACCAAAGAACAUUUACCACCGAUACGGUGCGCUCCGGCCAGCGUUUGAGGUUGUGGAGGAAGAUCGACCGGCGGAAAUGGUACCGCAACCGAGCAACUUCCAUCAGCUGAUCGCACAAGAGCACGAGAAACUGUCCCGCAUUCAGAUGACGCCUACGUUCGCGCAGUACUGGCUGUUGAAGGAAAUUUGCAAGCUGGUUGGUUAUGGGGAGGAAAUAUUUGAGGGUGUAACAAUCGCGGAACCGGCGGUGGUUUGCAGAAUCAGCGUCAGCCCUAAUGGGUUGGCGAUCGCGAAGGACGACGAAAAGUAUAGCGUUCCAUUCUCUGCUGUGAAGGCAGCCAAAUCCAUCAAGCGCUCCUUCCGGUUGACGCACAUGAACGAAAAUCACGAGGAAACGAACGUAGAGCUGAAGCUACCAAACAACCGGACCGCGACCUCCUUGUACCGGGCGAUUACGGAGAAGCACGAGUUCUAUUCGUGCGAAACGGUGCGGCCUAAUGUUACGACGCAGUUUAUACGUGAUCUCAAAGGCACGAUCGUGUCGAUGUUCAACGAGGACACAAAGCUGGGCAAGCGCUACGUGUUCGACAUUGAGCGCACCUGCCGGGAGGUGUACGAUGCGGCCCGGAGGACACUACACGCCCGUGGCAUCGAGAUCUGCUCCGUGGCCGACGAGCAAGCGGAAUCUCCGGCCGCGGUUCUUGAUCGCUUCGAGGAAGCGAUCCGAUCGCGACAGGACGAGUCUGGUCAGAUCGAUCGGAUAGUGAACGAGCGGAUUAAGGAUGCGAUCACUUGUCCGAUAUGUGCGGACGGUGAGAUCGACACCGCUUUCUUGCCCUGUCGUCACAUGACUACCUGUAGGGCUUGUGCUGAAAAAUGCGACCGCUGUCCAUUGUGUCGGGGAAACAUCGAGAACAUAAUCAAAAUCUUUCUGCCUCCACUGCUGCAAGGAUAUGAAUCAAGGCUGGGAGGUGAAAUGGUGGCUGAUGGAGCUGAGCCUCGUAAGCAGUAG